AUGAAUAUGACGCUCAUGUCCACUCUGAUAUUAGUGCUCACACAGUGUGUGAUGAAUAAGGAAGCAAUAUGUGGGAUAACCAAGAACCUGAACCGUGUACAAUGUGGAGAUGAGUGGUCUUCCUGUUAUAAACGCAUGUGUGUCUGUGCCUCGAAAUGUGUCAGAUGUAUAGAUAAUGGAAGAAAUCUUACAACGAUUCCUGACCUAAACUCCACAACUGAACUGCUCAACUUUUCAUCCAACUAUUUAGGAAGCAUAUCAAGAAUGACGUUUCAACAUAUGACGCAUAUACGAGUUCUAGCUCUCAUCAACAACAGUAUUACCAACAUCUCCAAUGAUGCAUUUCAAAGUCUUACAAUGCUUGAACAUCUUGAUCUUGAUUAUAAUGAUUUUAAAAUAUUGGAUUUUAAUGAACUACGCGAUCUUAAGAUCCUCCGGAGAUUAUCAGCUUCAAACAAUGAUAUUUAUAUAAUACGAGACAUAGUACCUACGCAACUUACUCACCUUUCUCUCCAGUGGAACCGCUUGUCGAUGCUUCCCCGGUUUUGUUCUGGCAGUAACCACUCAAAUCUGGUGGAUAUAGAUUUAGGAGGAAAUAAUAUAGGGCAACUGUCGAGGGGAAGCUUAAGGUGUCUCAUCAACUUGAAGUACUUCAGUUUAGAUGGAAAUAGAUUAAUCACGAUUGCCUCAGGUACAUUUUCGUCACUACCUCAAAUUGAAACAAUAAAUCUCAGUGACGUUUUCAAAGAUAAGAGAUCUGCAGAGUCAGUAGGAUUAGAGGCAUAUGCACUUAAUAAUAGUGCUAUAAAAAAACUUUAUCUCGCAAGUAUCGCUCAGUAUGGGUAUUUUAAUGUCAUUGUUAAUUCAAAUGCAUUUAAACGGUGCACAGGACUUACAACCCUCAACUUAUCAUACAAUGCUAUGUUGUACUUUAACGACACAUUUUUAAAUGCACUUCUUGGUGAUUUACAAGCCUUACAGUGUAUAAAAAUAUCAAGGUGUCAAUUAUCAUUCUUCCCAGAGGUCAUAUCAACGUUACUAGAACUACGAACAAUCGAUCUACAUGGAAACAGAAUAAUGCGGUUAAAACAGGGAUUAUUUAACAACUUGAAGAAACUCAGGUACAUAAGUUUAUCAGAGAACGCUAUCGAAGUUAUACAUGAAGCAAUUUUCCCAAUAAAUCUGAGAAACCAACUAAAACAUAUCAACCUAGCAUAUAACAAUUAUGUCUGCACUUGUGCGAAUCUCUGGUUUAUAACAUGGGCAAAGGCAGAAAAACAUAAAUUUGACAAAUUUCCUGAUUCAUAUGUAUGCGGAUAUCCUAUUGAACUCCAAUCCACACGUCUCAUUGAUGCUGAUAUCUCUAAACAGACAUGCCAAAUCUCGCCUUACAUGUUUCCUGUUAUUUUCGGUCUGUCCACAGCAGCAAUUGUGUUGUUGGUGAUCAUCUCCCUCACAUACCGAUGGCGUUGGCACAUCCGUUAUUGUGCUUACUUGCUGAGAUUUAAACAGAGACAGCGAAUAGAAGAAAGAGAGGAAAGAUUCAUCUAUGAUGCAUUUGUUCUGUAUUGUGAAGAUGAUUCUGGGUGGAUACGGAAUGACCUGCUGCCGAAAAUUGAAAAUGAUGACAAUUUAAAGUUAUGCAUUCAUGAGAGAGAUUUCACUCCUGGGCGUUACAUAGUUGACAACAUUGUAGACAGUUUGAAUAACAGCAGAAACGUAGUCCUGGUGCUGUCGGACAGUUUCAAUCAGAGUCUGUGGUGUCAGUUUGAGCUGACUCUGAUUCAGAAACGUUCUCUGGAGCAGGAUGAGGGGUACCUCGUGGUGGUGCUACUGGAAGAGAUACACGCCCGGAACAUGACGUCAUCACUGUAUGCACUGCUGCAGACGACAACCUACAUCACGUGGCCUGUCGAGGAGGAAGACAGACAGUUAUUCUGGAUGCGGCUCCGGGAUAGUUUGCAACAAUGA